CCCUCUGCCUCUUUUCCAGCCCAGAACGUGACGGUGGACGAGAUCGUCAGCGCCUACAAGCAAGCCUGCCAGAAGCUCAACUGCAAGCAGAUCCCCAAGCUGCUGAAGCAGAUCCAGGAAUUCAAAGAUCUGGCCCCCAGGAUAGAUUGCCUGGACCUGAAAGGGGAGAAGCUGGAUUACAAGGCCUGCGAGGCGCUGGAGGAGGUUUUCAAGCGGGUGCAGUUCAAAAUCGUUGACUUGGAGCAAACGAGCCUGGAUGAGGACGGCGCCUCGGCGCUGUUUGACAUGAUCGAGUACUACGAGUCGGCCACGCACCUCAACAUCUCCUUCAACAAGCACAUCGGCACGCGGGGCUGGCAGGCGGCCGCGCACAUGAUGAGGAAGACCAACUGCCUGCAGUACCUGGACGCCCGCCACACGCCGCUGCUGGACCACUCGGCCCCCUUCGUGGCCCGCGCCCUGCGCAUCAGCAGCAGCCUGGUGGUGCUGCACCUGGAGAACGCCAGCCUCUCGGGGCGCCCCCUGAUGCUGCUGGCCACGGCGCUGAAGAUGAACGUGAACCUGCGCGAGCUGUACCUGGCCGACAACAAGCUGAACGGGCUGCAGGACUCGGCGCAGCUCGGCAACCUGCUGAAGUUCAACUGCUACAUCCAGAUCCUCGACCUGAGGAACAACCACAUCCUCGACUCAGGUCAGGCCCCUUCCGCCUCCGCCGAGCGACUCGGCCGCGGGCGAGGGGGGAAAAGAGGAGAGGAUCGCCCUCCCCUGCCCCUCUUCUCCCUGAGCUGCGGCC